AUGCUGGGGUUCAUGCACUCCUGGGGGCUGCCGUGGCUCUGGCGGCCGCUCGGGGCCGUUCCCUGGGCGUUUGCGGCACUCAGCCGAGCAUUCAUGCUUCCUUUUCAUGAUCGCGGCAUGAGUCAGCCCACUCUCGACCCUCAUCCUCCUCACCACCGCCCUCGCCGCCAUCCCCCUCCCACUCCUCCUCCCCCGGAAUCCCCAGAACCGUCCAAUGCCCCUCGCGACGUCUGCGCAAAGCCUGAACCGAGCUCUCCCGACAUGGCGAAUCCUCUCCCGUCGGAGGUAACCCCUCCGGCCCCGGUGUCUUCCUCGACCCCUGCCGCGCCAACGCAGGAGACUAUGCAGCACAAGGACCCAGCACAGGAGCAGAAGCCGGCUCAGCAGCAGCCGGAUCAAUCGUCUACUGACGCCAAAC